ACCGGAACUACGUGUGAAUGCGGAAGCGCAGCUAAAACAGUUGCGCUCAGUAAAGCUAGUUGGAAGUUAAAACUAUUUGCGUCGUUUAUUUUACGUAGUUAAACUUGGUUAAAGGGUUGGUUAACCAAACGGAAUUAUAUUGUGACUCGCUUACCUUAGUUUGCGGUCGUUUAAGAUCACAGUGUCUGAUUUAAAGCAGACACUGAGUGUGAAGUCAUUUGUCACCUGGCCGACAGGUGAGCGAUGCUGGCGGCAGGUGUUUUAGACAACAUGUUGUGAUGGAGAACAUCCGAGAGCGUUUUAAGUUUGGGAACAAAGUGGGAGAUGUGAAACUGAGGAAAAGAAAAUCACUACUGUACUCGAAGGAAGAUGAAUGUCCUCUGAACGACGGACGGCUGAGAACCAGAGUUGUCCUGUUUUCUGUGGCCUUCAGACUAAUUAACUGCCUUCUGGUUCAGACCAGCUUUGUCCCAGACGAGUACUGGCAGUCUCUGGAGGUUUCACAUCGGAUGGUCUUCAAUUAUGGAUAUCUGACCUGGGAGUGGAAAGCAGGAAUAAGAGGAUACUUGUAUCCACUUUUCUUUGCAUUCAUUUACAAAAUAUUACACUUGACAAACUGUGACACAGUUCACCUCCUGAUAUGGCUUCCGAGGGUAAUUCAAGCACUCCUUGCUGCAUUUGCUGAUGUGAAAUUCUUUUUCCUCAUCCGAACGUUGGAGAGCAGUGAUGUUGCUAGAUGGACAUUCUUCUGCCAUGUUUGCUCGUGGUUCACCUGGUACUGCUGCACCAGGACUCUGACCAACAGCAUGGAGGCCACCAUCACCUGUGUGGCUCUUUAUUACUUUCCGUUGCCGGGGUCUAAAACACACAGCAGUAAAAAAUAUUUGGUGCUGGUUGCCUUGGCUGUAAUUGUUCGUCCGACAGCUCUGAUCGUCUGGUUUCCUCUGCUGAUGUAUCACUUCUGGCAGGAACAAAACAAACUGAGACUCAUUACUCACGACUACAUUCCUAUCGGAACCUUGGCUCUUGUGAUUUCCACACUGAUUGACUGUCAUUUCUAUGAAAAGUGGACCAUGGUACAGUUCAACUUUCUGAAGUUCAACGUCUUCCACAGUGUGGCUGAUUUCUACGGCUCCCACCCCUGGCACUGGUACCUCAGUCAGGGGUUUGCCGUGGUGAUCGGUCCUCAACUCCCCUUUUUUCUUCAUGGCUGCUCCCUCGCCAACAGAACACACAAAGUCCUACUGGCACCAGUCGUCUGGACCAUCGUCAUAUAUAGCUUGCUUCCACAUAAGGAGUUCAGAUUCAUCUAUCCUGUGCUGCCUUUCUGUAUGGUCUUUUGUGGAAUCUCUCUGGCUAAUCUGAAAACAUGGCGUCGGCCUGCAGCAAUACUCUUAUUAGCGGCCAACGUGGCUCCAGCUCUAUACACCGGCCUGAUUCAUCAGAGAGGAGCCCUAGAUGUCAUGUCUCACCUACAGAAACUGUGCAAUGUCAGCAGCAUCUCCACGCCUCCACAGCCAGACACGUUGUUCCUCAUGCCCUGCCACUCAACGCCCCACUACAGUCACGUCCACUGUCCCUUAAAGAUGAGGUUCCUCGAGUGUCCUCCAGAUCUCGGAGAGAAAGGUUAUGUUGAUGAAGCUGAGCAAUUCUACGACGACCCCCUGCUCUGGCUCCAGACCUCGUUCCCCUACAAAUCCUCUCUACCAACCCACCUGAUAUUCUUUGAUGUUUUGGAAAAGGAGAUCUCUGUGUUUUUACAAGUAAAAAACUUUGUGAGGACAGCGGAGAUAUUUCACACUCAUUUUCCUGAAGGAAGAGUCGGAGGAAGCAUCUUUAUUUAUGAAAGGCACUAACAAACACUGAAACAAUCGCAGUUUUGUUUCCUUCAUGAAACUGUCUUGUGAUUUCAUACUGAACUAUUUUACCUCAAAUGUAAAUUUAAAAUAUCAGAUGUAAAAAUUA